GUGUGUGUGUGAGAGAGAGAGAGUUCACAUACAAUACAAAGACGACAAAGAAGGGAAAGAGAAAGAGGAAGAGGAAGGGAAAGGAGAAAGGGAAAAAGGGGAAAGGGGAAUGGAAUCAACAGAAGCAGAGAAGAUAGAGGAGUCGGUGGCGAGCGUGAUUGAAGAAGCAAAGGACCUUCAGGAUUGUGUUUCAGCUCACAUCUCAAAGACCACAAGCGAUGAGCAACCACUUCGACAGCGUGCCCUUCUCCUCGAUUCCAAAAUCCAUUCCCUCCGUUCAUCCCUCGAUUCUCUCCUCUCCAAUAAGCUUAUUCCCUCCAACUUAGCUGAUAAGUUGGAUGAAGAUUUGCAACGAGCGAGAUGCAUCAUCGUUGAUGGUGACGCUUCUUUUCUCCUUCCUGGCCAUGCUCAAGGACGCUUUCUGAGGAUGUUUCUUGGUCCUAUUAACGUGCGUGCCUCGAGGAAGGAUGUCCAGCUCAAGGUCAAAGAGGAAUACAACAGUUACAGGGAUAGAACUGCCCUACUAUUCCUGCUUUUUCCAGCAAUGCUGCUUAUUCUAAGAUCUUGGGUUUGGGCUGGAUGCUUGCCAGCUUUUCCUGUUCAGAUUUACCAGGCCUGGCUGCUAUUUCUUUACACCGGUUUGGCAUUACGAGAGAACAUAUUGAGAGUCAAUGGAAGUGAUAUUCGUCCAUGGUGGAUAUAUCAUCAUUAUUGUGCUAUGUUAAUGGCUCUCAUUAGUCUCACUUGGGAAAUUAAAGGACAACCAGACUGUGCGAAUAAGCAGAGAGGUGUGCAACUUUUCCUACAGUGGGCUAUGAUGCAAGGAGUUGCAAUGCUGUUGCAAAAUAGAUAUCAACGCCAAAGACUUUAUACUCGUAUCGCGUUGGGAAAGGCUAAGAGGAUGGACGUUGUGUGGGGGGAAACGGCUGGCGUGGAUGGCCAACUGUGGUUGUUGUGUCCCAUACUUUUCGUAUUGCAGGGAUUUGAGGCAUAUAUAGGACUAUUAUUGCUCAAGACUGCAUUUGUUGGGGUUGUUUCUGAGUGGCAGGUGAUAUUUUGUGGUGUCCUGUUAGUCUCAAUGGCUGUUGGGAACUUUGUAAAUACAGUACAGACUCUGAUGGCAAAGUCAAGAUUUAAGGCUAAGAUGAGAAAGAGCAAGAGCAAGCAGAGGCUGAAUUAGCACAGUUGUGAUUUCUUGAGCUUCAAGAUCAGGAUUUUUUUCCACUCGUUUCAGUUUUGACCACAUUGCAAGCUAGUAAUUUUGGCAUUGCUGUAGCAUCAAUUAUUUAACGAGUCUAAGCAUAAGCAUAAAUUUGGAUUAAAUUGAUAAUGUCCUGCGAUUUCUGUUGUCCACUCUUUUGGGAUAAAAGUGAUGUUGAUAUUGAUCCUUGUUGUUCCGUUGUGUCUCAGGAUGCUGAUCGCCUUCAUGAUCUAUUUAGAUUAUUUUAAGUACUUUGCUGACUUGGGUCAAAGUAAAUCAGUAAUAAAAUACCAUGUAGGAGUUGCCCAAGAUUUAAACUAGAGAUGGCAAGUUAGGGCCCUUUUCUUGGUAUGCUAUUUUUUGU